AUGAUACUUUCAGUAUGUGAAGACGAGCUUCUGGCCUCUCUGGGACGAUCCUCCUAUCAGCCUCCGGCUCAGGCGGGCGGACCGACAGAAGCGGAUCCUCUGAGCGGACGCUGGGUCUCAGGCUGGUCUGUUUUUCUCUCCUCUCCGCCCGCUGAAGCUCUUUCAGUCCCCGCUGCCAUGGCGGACGGCUGCUUCCUGACGGCGCUGCAGCCCAACUCCUCCUGCACCGCCUACGCGGUGCCGUCGGACUGCCGGUCUGCGGACCCCUCGGCCAAAGUCCGGAGGGUCCAGGAGCAGGUCCGGAUGCGGCUGGCAGAGAAGAAGAGCGCUUCCCUGUCCAGGCUGAGCAGCCCGCAGCUGGGGCCGGCAGCAGAAUACAGUCCUCCUGACAUGAGAAGUUACUCUCAGGCCUUCAGCUCCAGGUCCAUGAUCAACACACCAAGUCGCCCCAUGGCUGUACCUUCUCAUGCCUCUGGGAUCUCCUCCCACUCUGCUGUGGACAGCAGCUCAAAGGUGAGGCAUAAAGAAACCAGCAGCACGCAGAGCAGCUUCCACAGCACGCAGAUGCAGAGCAGAAGUCACCGCUCUAAGUCCCUGUGCCAGGAGGACCAAAGAGCCUUACCCCUUCCAGGUUCGGUCCACCAGGAGACCUUCUUGGUACCGCUAUCUGUGCCGCCACCUGGAACCCUCAGGCGCAGCCUUAGCGGGGUCCUGGCCCAGGAGAGAGGCCAAUGGCAGGACGAGGAGCUGCCACUCCAGUACACCUAUAAAGGCCCGUCUCAUCGCAUGAUCAACCGGAUCACCAACCGACAGCAGUACUACCAGCAGCAAAGCUCUGGGUUUGGGCAGGACGCCAUGGUGGCCAACGGCAGAGGUCUCUACGGCAACGCCGACAGCGGGGGGGCACAGUGGCAACACCAGGCGAGCAGGACCAGCCAUGCGUCCGCUCAGUACGCCCCGCUCCAUCGGGCCGCAUCGCUGCGCUCCCUGAGGAGCGUCGGGAAGGGGGCAGACAUCGCGGACGCCGCCUCCAUUCACAGCAACGAUCCGCUGGCAGAGAUGCAGAGUAUCGACAUGCCCACCGCUGUCAGAUAUCUCUCUGAGUCAAAUACCUCUCUACAAGUUUUGGGAUCUGCUUAUAUACAGCACCAGUGUUACCACAGCAACGAUGCCAAGAACCAGGUCCGUGUUCUCGGUGGCGUUCCAUCGCUGGUGCGCCUCUUCUCCAGCGACAGCAUAGAGGUGCAGCGUUACGCUACAGCAGCGACGAGGAAUCUCAUUUAUGAGAAUGCUGAGAACAAGGUGGCUCUCAUAGAAGCCGGCGGACUGGCGUCUCUGGUGAACAUCCUGAACCAACAUGAUGAGGAGCUUUGGAAGACCAUUACAGGCGUCCUUUGGAAUCUGUCCUCCAGAGACAACCUGAAGGAGAAGCUGGCCGUGGAAGUACUCCCACUUUUAACUGAGAAGGUUCUGGUUCCGCUGUGCAAGAGUAUCCCGCUGAACCCAUCCGAGAGGGAGAUCUUCAACAACACCACGGGCUGCCUGAGGAACCUGAGCUCAGUAAACGAGAGAACGAGGCGGAAGAUGAGACAAACGCAGGGUCUGCUGGACUCCCUGGUCUGCUACAUCCAGCAGGAGGAAAUAGGAGACGACAAGGGUUUGGAAAACUCCCUGUGUGUGAUGAGGAAUCUGUCAUACCAGCUGUACGCGGAGCUUCCUCCCUCAGUGCGCCUCCAGCUGGAAGGUCCAUCGAGAGCCUCCGCUUCCAGAACCUCUGAGAUUAUUGGCUGCUUCACUGUUCAGAGCAAAAAGAAAAAUCAGCUUCAGCACAGGAAUCUGCCCAUGCUGUCGCACCCAAAGGGCUCUGAGUGGCUGUGGCACCCCAAAGUGGUAGCGCUCUACAAGCACGCCCUGCAGAACAGCGAAGGCAGCGCGGCCGCCCAGGAGGCUGCGGUGGGAGCCCUGCAGAACGUCACAUCAGGAGAGGCGCGGUGGCCGGCCGUGUUGAGCGGCGUGGUGAUGGAGCAGGAGAGGAUGCUCCCCAUGCUGCUGGAUCUGCUGGACAGCAGCAGUGAAAUGCUCCUCAGACCUCUGACCGGCCUGCUGAGGAAUCUGGCCAGACACGCUGCGGACAAAGACCUCAUGGCUAAAGUAUCGGUGAACGUUCUGGUGUGCAAGCUGCCAAGUGACGGUCUUCAGAAAACCCCAUCCAGUGAGGUGGUGGUGAACAUCUGCGGGGUCCUGAACCACCUGGUUACCUGUAGCUCCCUGGCAGCCCGGGAUAUCGCCUACUUCAACGGCAUUCAGAAGCUACAUGGCAUAAAGACGUCCCACGAUAACAGCUCUGGGAGUCUCAGGGCAGCCAGAGCGGCCUCCACCGUCCUCUGCAACAUGUUCCAGUACAACAAGCUGCACAGAGAUUACAAACUGAGAGGAUUCACCCGACAGAACUUCAUCGACUCCAGCUUCUAGUCUGAAGGCGGCGGCAGCAGCGAGGAGGACGACGAGCCGUCCUCUCAGCUGGACUGACAGUCGGAGCCGAACAGGAGCUGUUUGCCCUGUGUGUGUUUAACCCUUUCACUGGUUUGAGUCGUGUUUUUGAUUAUGUAGUUUCCUUCUAACAGAUCCAGAAUUAAUUGUUGAAACAUACAGACAAGCGAUCAGUUCGCCGUCUUUUUAUCAAAACCUUUUUAGCAGUCAGUGUCUCUACCUGGAUUUUCACUCUUUAAACCUCAUUCAGACUCAUUUCUGGCAUAGAGACUGCUGUCGGUUUCACACGUCAUCCUUCUGUUCGCUUUUCUCUGUGAAUCUAAACUGCUGCUUUCUAUUCGUCUGAGAUUUUUAAAGUUUUAUUAAAUAAAAUUGAUCGGUUACAGAUUUUUUCCUUCAAAGGGGACAUUUUGAAGCGAGAUGAUGGCUUCAGAUCUACAGCAGUUACCCAUUGGGGGUUUAGUAGUUUACAUUUAGACUUUAGUUUACAGUUUCUCAGAGCGUUGCUCACUUUUACUGUGUAAGUUCAUCACUAACUACUCUUUGCUCCACUUCAAAUGGACCACGGUUCACUUCAACCUGACUCGGUUCUGAUCCAAAUGCAGAACUCAAAAGGCUUUUUGGCCUGGAAGCCACUGUAGUAGUGAACGUAGCACCAAAAUCAUCCCUGUUCUGCUGUCUGUUGCUUAGCAACACUGCUGCCAGCAUCGGUGUAUCUUCAUCUUUUAAUCUCCCAUUAAAAAAGUCUUUAAAUCUGGAUUGAAGGAGCUGCUUUACUCAAUCAGGUGGUUGAACCAUUUUGAUAGCAGCAUAACCAUGGAAGAAAAAGAUGUCCUCCCUGUGGAGUUUUCCUCCUUUUCUGGUGUUACUCAAUAGUCUGUGACCAGGGGGCGCUACAGCUGUUUUUAGGUUCAGAUUCCUUUGCUGCUGCACACAGUGUUGUCCUUUACAAUCAAUUACCCCAUUUACACUACCCUCUGAAAACUGAUCCAUGCCGAGCUAUGUUCCUUACGAUCAUUUACACACCAUACUAGCACAGUUCCUCGUCUCCUAGUGGCGAUUUACGGUACUACUGCUCUCUAGAGGGAAACAAGCAAACCAACAUGGUGGCGCCCGUAACAUUCAGGAAGUUAUGUUUUGUUAUCAUUGUGAUAUUUUGUUGUUUGUGGAGAGUCAGGCAAAGAAGGCAGCAUUUGGUGAAUUUACUUGUCGGCUUUUGGGAAGUUGAUACGACAAACGAUAGUCUAAUCAGGGCUUACAGACGCAGGAAACGACGGACGUUGAGGUUCAUCCCACUGCCAAGCAGAAUCAUCACUGGAAAUCAUGUGGCACGAUAGGGAAGCUAGUAUUUUUAUGAAUGUCUGAAAUUUCAUGAUUACGGAGGCCAAAUGUAAGGAGAUGAAGCAGUCUACUCAUGCGCUCUUUGUUAUCAGACAACCGAGCCAGAACUGAACCGUGCCGAGGCCUACUGAUGAACUAGUAUCAUGUUAGCGCGGUUCGGUUGCGCCCGCCAUUUACACUCAGCAGUUAUCUCGAUUAACGUGCUCAGACCGAUCUCAGCACAGUUUCAAAAGGGUAGUUUAAAUGGGGCUGAAGAUUGGAUGCAUUCAGCUGGUUUUCCUUUGAACUUUUAAUCUGACUGGAUGUUGAAUUGUCACUGGAAAGUCACCUGAGAUGACGUGUUGACACAAUGACACAAUUGGUACACAUGGUUUUUGUUGGGAGGUAUAGUCGUCUGUAAAAAAAAUAUAAAUCAAUGCCAUCAGGACCAAACAAUUGAACGUAAGGGCUUUCUCUUGGUGUGACGCCACCCUGAGUCCUUUCAACCCUUUCUAUGCACUAACCCUGACAAUAAGCCUUAACCCAACCAUUCCUAAACUAAACCUAAACUAAAUUAACAACUUUAUCCUGACGCUAACUUUGCAACAAAAGGAAACGGGGAAGAGCAAAAUGGUACAAAUUCCUCAGUUUAAUGGUGAAAUCAGGAUGAUUCUCAAUCUGUAGCAAAAAACAGCAGCAAAACAUUGACAUUUUAAAUUUCUACCAUAUUAGAACUCUACAGUGACCAUCAUUUAUUGUAUUCUAAUUUCACCAUUACGUAACCUAGAGUUAAUUCACACCAUGCCUCUAAACCAACCUCCUAACAUUAGAAAUAGGUCUCCGCCAUAUUUGGGCCAUACAGGGCUUUGG